AUGAAUGUAUUCCUGUUUGUGGAGAGGCAGAACUGGAUGGGAGGGGAUUUGGAUGAGAGAAGAGAGAUGAGAGAGGUGGGUUGGGGUAGGGAAGGGUUAAGUAAUGCAUCCGAAGUUGAAGGAGUUCGUGUGGAGCAGGAGGAGGAUUGGGGAAGAAAAGAGAAUGGCAAGAAGCUGGAGGAGAUAGCCAAAAACCGAAGAGGAGGAGAGAUAGUAGAUAGUUUAGAGACAUAUUCAUAUGUAAAGAUCAAAUGGAAGGAUAGAUAG